UGAGCAACCUGGAGAUUGAUUUCCUGGUGGGAGGAGGAGGAACAGGGUGAGACAAAGCCCCUCCCCUCCAUCUGAGGCUUGUAGAGCAUACCCCUCCAUGCACUGACACCACAGUCAAAGGUGUUGUGACAUUGGGGGCGUGGUCUGAGUGCGACAAGGCCUUAAUAAUAAACUGCAGCCCCAGAGCACAAAUCUACUCAGUCUGUGGUUCCCAUCAUUGAUUGCAAGACUGUUGCAGUUUUUCCCCAGCUACUAAUUACUAAGUUUUGAAGACCUCGGAUGAUCUUAACUCAGCAGUCUGGAACCAAGAAACAAAACAUGCACAAGAUUCUGACAAUAGGAUUCUCAGUUCUCCUCUUUCUGGAUGCUGCUGCCUCUUAUUUAUGCUUUUAUUGUCAUGAUGUUCUAGAGGAUAACACUUGUGCUCAUCCAGAACAAACUUGCCAAGCAGGAUUGUGGAGAUAUUGCUUCAGUCAAAAAAUUAAACUUGGUGGGUUCACAAUGGUGACCCGAGGCUGCAGUCGCACUUGUCGUAGGAUUUACUCCCAGAUCCAAGAAGAACAGAUGUUGUGCUGUGAGAAAAACCUAUGCAACAAACAUGAUCUCUGGAGAAAAUACAAAAAAGGUUAAAAGUCUUUCGCAGUCUACUGGAUUCCCCCCACUCCUAGUCUUUGAUCGGAUAUCUGAACAACCCCUAUCAGGAAACACCCAACAUUCUACCAGUUCUGCUCUAACCAGCUAUAUCAUCAUAGUGAUUAGUGAGAUUUUGACAGAUGAUCCGCUCUACAGUGCUAUUGAUUACACCAAUGUUGCACUACCAUUGAUUGUUUAGUGAAAGGGAUCCUCCCUAAAGGUAGUCUAUGUAUCUUCACAUUUUUUUUUAAAUAAACUCUCUAUACAGCU